UUUUUAAGCUUUUAUUUCCAGAGCUGAAAAAUGGCGAUCAGUGUGAGUGAUAUCUGUGAUAAUACAAAACUAGCCCGGGAGAUGUCUCUACUAGGCAACUAUGAGACAGCUAGUGUGUACUACCAGGGAGUUGUACAGCAAAUACACCGGCUGCUGGGAAGUAUAGAGGACCCUGUACGGAAAAUGAAGUGGCAGCAGAUCCAGGGAGAAGUAGCACAGGAGUAUGAUGUUAUUAAAACCAUCAUGCAGACCCUUAAUAUGUUCAAGGGAGGGCAUCAUGAUAGUCAACAUGUGGGAGUCAGAUCUCAUACAUCGUUUGAAGAACCAACCCGGGAUCCUGAUGUAUGGCCUGCUCCACCCCCUCGAGAUCCUGCUGCCUGGGAUCCUCCAACGCAUGUGGAGAUGCGUGGACCUCCAGCAGUUAAACCAGUUCGAGGAUCCAGGAAGAGUGAACCUAAUAUCCGAGGUUUAGGACCUGGAGGUCGAACUAUAAAGAGUACUGGGGGAGCUGCCUCUGGAAAACGAGGAACUGGGAAGGAGAAGGAGGUGAGGAAGGGGGGUAAGACUGAUGGAGGAAGGAAAGGAGGGAAGGGAAAGGAGGAUAAAGAGGAGAAGGAUGAGGGACCAGAGGAGUCGGACCAACCUAAGUUUGAUGGUACUGGAUACGACGGAGAUCUUGUUGAUAUGCUAGAGCGGGAUAUCGUCCAGAAGGAUCCCAACAUUCACUGGGACGAUAUUGCCGAUCUUCAGGAGGCUAAACGUUUACUCGAGGAGGCGGUGGUGCUCCCAAUGUGGAUGCCAGACUUCUUUAAGGGUAUAAGACGACCCUGGCGAGGAGUUUUGAUGGUUGGACCCCCUGGCACUGGGAAGACCAUGUUGGCUAAGGCCGUGGCGACAGAAUGCGGAACAACCUUCUUCAACGUCUCCUCCUCAACUCUUACCAGCAAGUACAGGGGAGAGAGUGAGAAGUUGGUCCGACUUCUCUUUGAAAUGGCGCGAUUCUAUGCUCCCAGCACAAUAUUCAUUGACGAGAUUGACUCACUGUGCUCACGGCGUGGUUCUGAGAGUGAGCAUGAAGCGAGUAGACGAGUUAAAUCCGAACUGCUCGUCCAAAUGGACGGAAUGUCGAGCAUAUCGGACGAGCCAGGACGGGUCGUCAUGGUUCUAGCAGCUACUAACUUCCCAUGGGACAUCGACGAGGCACUCCGAAGACGACUAGAGAAGAGAAUCUACAUCCCGCUUCCAACCCUAGAGGGUAGAGAGGCACUGCUCAAGAUUAAUCUCCGGGAGGUGAAGACUGUUGAUGGUCUCGACCUGAAGAGUAUUGCUAGGAAGCUGGACGGAUACAGUGGGGCGGAUAUCACCAAUGUAUGCCGAGAUGCUUCCAUGAUGUCGAUGAGGAGAAAGAUUGCCGGCCUUAAACCUUCAGAGAUCAGAAACCUAGGACGAGAGGAGUUGGAUCUACCCGUCACCAAGGAGGAUUUUGUUGAAGCUGUUACGAAGUGUAACAAGUCAGUGUCCAAGGAGGACUUGGACAAGUACGAGAGGUGGAUGGAGGAGUUUGGUUCCUCGUAAUCUUGGAAACAAAUUUGUAAGAAAAUCCACGAAACUCCCAAGAUUUAUUAUUGAGCAGUAUUUAUGGCUUGCCAUAUAAAUAGGCUCUAGAGUCUAGAAUUAAUGUAAUUCAAAUAUAAAGAUAUAUUAUUUCUAUAAUUCUAAGAAAAAAUACUAAAUUUAUAAUCUAUUUUUAUUAAAAAAUGUAGUUAGCACGUGAUAAACAUUUUAAACAAAAUCAACUUAUUUUAAAGCCGCAUUUUAUUAACAUACUGAUGGGGGUUCCAUGUCGGGUUCCUUUUCAGAUCUUAUAAUUAUUAUUAUUAUAUUCAAAAUUGAAACAAUUAGUUAGUCACUAAUAAGACUUAGUAUAGAAGUAAAUCAUUAAUGCUUAACCAACCUUUUGAAGUUUUUUUUUGUAAUGAGAAGAAAAGUUCAUGUUUAUUGUCCAAUGUGAUACAACUCAACCUGUACUGAUCGAAAAUAAAAGUGACUUCUAUAAUAGUUUUAAGAUUUAUAUAUUAG